UGUCAUUCAAUUCAACUGAUCUUAAUGUUUAAUCAAUGAAUCAUUCAUUAUGUCCAUGGAUUUUCAACUUGACUGAUUGUUGUCUGGUCAUUUGUAAGUUACACAUUGCUGCAAGAGCUUUCAAUCUAGAAAUACUAAUUGCUAAUUGUUUCCCCCUGAUGAUCACAAUUAGUUACCAUAUAAGUAGAACUGUGUUUGAGACUUUGCACUGUUCAAAUAUGGAGCAGGAUAGACUCGUAGGGAGAGGAAACCUUCAUCGAAGAGGUGGUGGUGCUCCUCGACAGAGAGGUGGGCACAGACAAAGAGGAAGAGGUGGUGGUGCUCCUCGACAGAGAGGUGGGCACAGACAAAGAGGAAGAGGUGGUGGUGCUCCUCGACAGAGAGGUGGUCUUCAGAGAAAUGUAGGCAGAAGACAACGCACCAUCAUCUCUAAUGAAGUCCGGGCCAUCAUUGUUGACCAUGUGGUUAACAGAGGCUUUACCAUGGCUGAGGCUGCCAGGUUGGUACAGCCUAAUUUACAAAGGUCAACUGUCAGCUCUAUCAUCCAAACUUUUCGCCAAGAAAACCGAAUUAACAGGAGACAACCUGGUGGUGGUCGCCCACGUGUUUUGACUGACCAGCAGGAGUUGGCUGUGGUGGAAAUGGUCAGGGCAAGGAAUGACAUACGGCUGUCUGAAAUCAAACAGGCUAUUGAGAACAGCAAUGACACCUUUGCCAAUGUGCCAUCAAUUAGCCUUCCAACGAUUGCCCGGCUUUUGAAGAAGCACCAAGUUUCCAUGAAACAAAUUUACUUGGUUCCUUUUGAGAGGAACAAUGUCCGGGUGAAACAACUGCGUUCAGAAUAUAUUCAGAGGGUGAUGGAGCUGGACGCUGCUGUGAAUCAUCACAAGUAUAUUUUCGUUGAUGAGGCCGGUUUCAAUCUGGCAAAAACUAGACGCAGAGGACGUAACCUUAUUGGACAAAGGGCUACCAUCCAAGUCCCUGGACAACGUGGGGGAAACAUCUCAGUGUGUGCAGCUAUAUCUGAAGAUGGUGUGGUAGGCUGUAGACCAGUUCUAGGGUCAUACAACACUGAACACCUGAUAGUUUUUUUUAAAUGAACUGGAGCAGGCCUGUCAGGGAGAAGACAUCGUCUAUGUUGUUGUGUGGGACAAUGUCAGCUUCCACCAUGCACAGCUGGUUCAGGAAUGGUUUCAAACACAUCCUCGCUUCAUGACCCUCUAUCUUCCACCAUAUUCCCCUUUCCUCAACCCAAUUGAGGAAUUCUUCUCUACAUGGAGGUGGAAGGUGUAUGAUCGCCAUCCCCAUGAGCAUGUCUCCCUUCUUCAAGCCAUGUGUGAAGCUUGUGGUGAUAUAACUGCUGAGCAAUGUCAAGCCUGGAUUCGUCAUGCCAGGAGAUUUUUCCCACGGUGCCUGAACAACGAAGACAUCCACUGUGAUGUUGAUGAAAAUUUAUGGCCCAAUGUUAAUGACCGGCUUGAUUAAUUGUGUAAAAGUGAUGAGAAUAAAAUA